AUGUACCGAGACGCAUUUCAGAUUCUUUGUCCCAUCGGGACAACGUCAGUUGUGAUUUCUUUCUACGAGUUAACUUGUAAUUCAUUUUUACGAAAAUGCCUUUCCCAAAUCCUUGCAGUAGCUAUCACGACUUGGUUUACUUUUACGGCAGCUUGGUCUAAUCCGUCUCUGGCCUUCCUUGCCGGAUUUUGGUCAUCAUGGAACCUUAUAUGGCUGUGGCAUUGGAUUUUUGCUCGCGACCCGCGUUCAGUUUGGCGUGUGAUGUAUACAAAUGGAACCGAGACCAAGGAACAUUUUCCAAAUACGAUUGGCUUCAAAAGAUGGAUGUGGGCGUUGGACCUCUCUCUAAACUAUCGUGGCGUGGGAUGGAGUUUUUAUGUUCCUCGGGAUCGACUUCAAAAGGGGAAGCCUAAAAUUCACAUCGAACCCCCAAGCGGCAUUGCAAAAUACAACAUAGGCUUCGCGAUACAGAGGUUUUCUAAAGGCAUAAUUCUCUUGCACCUAUGGCGCAUUCUUUCCUAUAACUUAGAACAUGUUUUUAAUGUCGCUUGGCCAACAAAUCAGACGCAUAGUUCCGGGAAGCUACUGGUUGGAUUCACCGGUCUAGCAUUAGUUGUGCACGCAAUGGUUGUAGCCGGCGGUUUAGAGUUACACUAUGGCAUCAUAGCGAUGAUUAGGGGACUCGCACACAGUAAAGCACCUCCUGUAUGGCCAGCUCUUUUUGGAAAUUUCUACGACCUUGGGCUCUUUGAUAUCGCAAGGUUCUGGGGCGUUUUCUGGCAUGAUCUGCUAAGAUUUGGGCUUAAAAGUUCUUCAGAUUACUUGACAGCAUACUGGUUUGGCAAGACUCAAUUCAUGCUGUCGAUAUUAUUGUCGUUUUCCCUCUCGGCGGUGGUGCAUUUCUCAGCAAUCUGGUUGAGUACAAGAAGCGUACCGAGGGCUUUGCAAGCUGCCACUAUCCUAACAAUGCAACCGGUGGGCAUAAUGAUACAAAAAUUGCUGAAGAGGGCGCUGCAGCAAUACUCUCUACAAAUAUCUCAAGUAUGGUCUAUUGGAUUUGGACUUCUGUUGUUAUCCUGGACUUUCGAACUCAAUUCGUUAUUUCCAGUCGUCCUAUAA